AUGGCUCCUCCACAGAAGCUCUUCUUCGCCGCCAUUGUCGUUGCCGUCAUUGUAUCCGCCAUCACCGGACGUGAAGAUAUCGUACAUUCCUCUUGCGAGCACGCGAGCUACCCAUCGCUAUGCGUCCGUACGCUCUCAACUUACUCUGGUCCAACCAUCACCAACCGUCGUGAUAUAGCUCAAGCCGCCGUCAGAAUAAGCCUCUCCCACGCUCAAAGCGCAGCCAAGAAACUCGCGGCGGUGCGAGAAACUGUAGGGAAGAAACGCGAGAAAGCGGCGGUUGUGGACUGCGUUGAGAUGAUUGCGGAUUCGGUGGACGAGCUGAGCCGUACGCUCGGCGUUUUGAAGCAUCUUCGCGUUACGGGCGGUUCCGGUAAAGAGUUCCGGUGGCAGAUGAGCAACGCUCAGACGUGGGCAAGCGCGGCGUUGACGGACGACGACACGUGUCUCGACGGGUUUCAAGGGAUCGACGGUGAUGUCAAGACGGAGGUGAAACAGUGGAUGACGAAAGUUGCGAGGGUAACGAGCAACGCGCUCUACAUGAUCAACCAACUUGAUGAGACACGUGGCAAGCCCCACGUCGUACUUUCUUGA